AUGAAUUUAUUUGUAUUCCUGUGUCUAAUAGCUUGGUGUGUUGUCGGCACUUUCGGUAUUCAAUGCUACAUUUGCAAUUCGAUCACACAUCCAGACUGUGAGAACGACUACGAGAAAUAUCUGAGGAACUGUCCUGUCAAGUCUUUCGGUGGAAGAAAAGCCGUACCUCCGAUUGGUUGCCGGAAAUAUACCCAGACAGCGAAUAAAGAGACUUCCAUCGUCAGAGAGUGCGCUUAUUUGGGAGACGACGUUGUGGACAAGAGCAACAAGGGAUCGACCGGAGUGUCUCGGAUCAUGACCCAGUGCUCAGACAGGCCUGCUUGCAAUAGUGCAGCUGGCACUGGUUUACUCGCUAUAUUCUUGAUGGCGCUGGUUUUCUUCAUAGGACACUAA